CAGGAUUGAAAACAACCGAAGGUCGACGCUGCUCGUCGCGAUCGCGAAACCGUGCGCACUUUGGUUAGGUUACUGGCUGCGUCGUUACGUUCGGGGCUUCGAAACAUGAUUUCAGUGAUCAAAUAGUUUAAAAGCCAAACAAAAUGGACGUCGCCGGGGAUCUGAAUCUACAAUGGGUGGGAGACGUGGAGCUCCACGAGGAGGUGAUAUGCGGCCUGGAGGCGCAGCUGGUCGCGUCGGAGGAGGAGGUGAUUGGCGCCUGCGAGGAGGUGGCGGUGGAGGAAACUGUGGAGUCCGUUCCAGUGGCCCCUGCUACCGAGUCUGAGAUACUGAUGGUACCUCAGUCGAAUGACAUGGAAUCGAUUUAUAUAGUGCCACAGGAUCAGGGACACGACUAUCUCAAUAUACAAGUCACCGAGGAAGUGAUAGCCGACAACUGGGACAGACCCGGUCCGGACGAUGGGGUCGAGAUCCCAGAGGCAAAGGUGACUCAUGACAAUCUCCUGGAGUACGAUGACAUGGAGAUACCGUUGCCGAUCGAUCAGGACUCCUACCAGAACGCCCGGCCGUAUCCGUGCGACUUCUGCAGCCGCAGGUUCCGAAAGAAGGCGAAUCUGAUGAACCACAUGGUGGCACAUCAGAUAGAUCGGCCGUACGGCUGCAACCUGUGCGGAUCCCGCUACGUACGCAAGUGCGAUCUGAACAAUCAUCUGAAGGUCCACGCGUACGCGCCGUCCUCGCAAGAUGGCCUCGAGGACGACCUGAACGACGAGGACUCGUUGGUCGCCGAGGAGGAGGAUGUGGCGACCAGUGGUAACAAAGGCAGGCGCAAGAAGGUGCAGUCGAGUGCGCCGCGCAAACGGAAGAACAAUACCGCCGCCGGUGUGCCGAAACGCAAAACCGAGGAGCUUAAGAUGGAGAUGGGCAAGUAUGUGUACGAGCCAGACAUUGAUUACACGGACACGCUAUUAGCCUACGUAGACGAGACGCUGACCGACGAUUGUUUUGCACGCAGCGGCAAUUUUGCAUCUAGCUCGAGGUGGCAGGUGGAGCAGAUGUCAUCUGCUACGGGCAGACAGCAGCCGCAACAGUGGCCUAUCACCGAUCCAACAAAGCCAUACGUCUGCCAGUCGUGCGGUAUCGGCUUUGCUAGGGAGAAGGCACUGGCGUCGCAUGCUCGCGUUCACGGUGGCGACAGCCCAUUCGAAUGCACCUCGUGCAGCGAAUUGUUCUGGGAUGCCAACAGUCUGCGGGAACACGUGCGUAUGAAGCAUGGUGGUACUGUUACGCAGAUAUCCGACGCAGAGGAAUAUGACAAUGACGCCACUUACGCGGGCGACAACGAGAGGCUCGGCGAGUUUUAUUGUAAGGUCUGCGCGGUACCGUUCCAACGUUUGGAUCUACUCAAACGCCAUCAGAAAAUUCACAAUGUGAAACCAGAUAUGGAUACAAUGGAGUCCAGUCAGCAUCAUAUGUGCAAUGUUUGUGGAGAGCAAUUCGAGGAGGCUCUAGCACUAUUGGCACACGCAGAACUUCAUGCUUCAAGAUCUCCUAGUCGUCGUUGCCUGUUGUGCGGAGCGAGAUGCCGUGAUGAAGCAGAAGUCGCGGAACACGUGCGACAGAAUCACGCUGAAGAUGCACCGCCAAACACGUGUACGCUCUGUGGAAAAACAUGCAAGGAUAAGCGCAGUUUACUGAAGCACUCGUGGAUACAUAACGUCGAUAAGACUUUUGGUUGUACAAAGUGCUCGAAACGCUUCCACAGUAAAGCUCGAUUACGAAGACACAUGGUGUCACAUCGCAACAAGAUGGUAGCUUGCGAUGAAUGCGGCGAGGAAUUCCCCGACGGGCGGGCACUCGUAAGUCAUCGUCAUUCGCAUAACAGGGAACUGGGUGGCCGUUCCUUCCCAUGCCGGGAGUGCGGGAAAACCUUUGGUAGUCGCAGUUCACAGCAGAUUCAUAUACGUAUCCACACCGGCGAGAGGCCCUACGGUUGCCGAUUCUGUUGGAAGGCUUUCGCAGACGGCGGCACCUUGAGAAAACACGAGCGCAUCCACACUGGCGAGAAACCAUACGGAUGCGCGAUCUGUCCUCGGGCAUUUAAUCAGAGAGUGGUUCUUCGAGAACACGUGCGCGCUCAUCAUUCCGGUCCGGAUCCAAAAUGCGUGGGCAGUGCGACACCGUACUUGUGCAAAGUAUGCGGCGAGUCGUACGGCACGUCCGAGGAAAUAGUGGCGCAUAUAGUGCAGCAUUGCGACGACAACACUGCGUUGAGACGCCAGCCGCAGACUGGUCCGCGUAAAUACAAGAGAAGACGCAAAACAAAGCCACUUGAGACGAAUGCUGCAGCGGCACGUAGAAACGAGUUUACGUACGACAUGAUGGAAGGUAGCGGCGGCGGCGGUGUCACCGGCGUUACCGGCGCCAGUACUGGCAGCGGUACCGUCGGUGGCAGUGGUACUGUCGGUGGUGGCGCUGGCACUGGUGGUUCCGAUUCGGAGGACAACACGAAGCGGAAACUUGGCAAGAAGAACAAGCAACAUCGGUCGAACGUGGUCGAGGAAGGCUAUCAGAAUGUGUUGAAAAGUUUUGAAAGCUCUCUACAGAACAUAAACUCGAUCGUGAGUAACUCCAAGUUAAAUGCAUCCAAAUCGAAAGUCUCGAAGAAGAAGCUGCGCAAGGAGGAGAAGAAGCAGGAAGCGCAGGCGUCGAAUCAGUCGGGCCGACCGAAGAUGAUACACACGCAGAAGACGCGGGUGCCGGUGGAGAUGGGUAGCGAUGGCGCGAAGAAGGGUCAGAAGACGAAGACGAUGGUGACCCGUACACCAAAGGUGAUGCCGAACGAGCAUAAGGCCGGCAUUUUUCCGGGUGGCGAGCGGAAUCGGCCGCGCACAAAGAACGUCAGUUACCACGUUGAAGGUAAAUCGCAGAUCGCGCCGGCGACGUUCCCGGCGAAAUCGGCGAAGGAGGAUGCGUCUACGGUGUCGCAGCAGCAGCUGUUACUGGCGAAUGUCAAGCAGGAGCCAAGCGUGCAAAAGACCGCGGGUGACAGUCACAGGAACAACAAUGGUAAUAUCCUAGCCCUCAAUAAAACUCAGCCAUCAAACAAGAGGAAAUCGUCGGCCACCACGAAGAGGACUAAAAAGCAGAAGCAGACAGUGAUGAAGCGGGAAAUGAACACGUCGAUAGAAAUAGCUGCGGAAGAGCAACAGCAGCAGCAGCAGCAACAGUUACAAUUACGGAAUAAUAAUAACAAUACUAUGGAGAACAGCGACGAUCCAGUACAAUUGAUUCAUCAUGCGGUGGACGGCAACAACCUGGAAGUAGCGUUUGAAGCGAGCGUUGUCACCGCUCAAGACGACGAGGUCGAGAGCAUAUUGCCGCACAACGCUGAUCAGGAUAUGGGCAAUGGGGACAACAACGUUAAGCUUAGUGUCAAGGUGGAGUCGACGCCACAGACGAGGAUGCUUGCCGUACAUAGUGUUAUCGCGCCGGUGGACAAUGUCCCGGAAACGAUAAUACCGGACACGGUGGAGUACACGUGCGAGAUGUGCGACAUGCAAUUCUCCAGCCGUGCCGAGUUAUUGGUGCACGUGCCGGUACACAUUUGAUUCAAUAAUUUGUCCGAGCCGAAGAGCGGCGCGGAGGUUUGUUCUACUUUAAGCGUAUACUUGUUUAAUCGCAUCGCAUAGUUGUUUAUCACAGGAUGAGGUUUUGUUGUUUUAUAGAAGGCGACGAUCGUUGAGGUCUCCUCUAUCACCAACACACCGCUAUCUUUAUCAUUCACUUUUUCCCUUCUUUCCUCACUUUCCUGUACUUCAAUUCUUUAUUACGAGCGUCGCGAUUCCAUCGACCACUUUUAACUCCAUUAGCUGCACUCGAAUUUUCAUGUUUCGCAUAUUGGAAGUUUUAUUGAACAUCUGUUAAUUCGAUUAGCAUCGCUUGUGAAACUGUUGCUUGUAUUAUAUCGUGAAUGAUUAAGUUUUUAUCUUAAUAUUUCGAUACAUGUAUGGAUAAAUAAUUGCACCAAACUUAUUAAUGACAGGACGGAUAUGUCUAAUACCAGGAACUUAUUAAUGACAGAACGGAUAUGUUUAAUACCAGGAACCGUUAAAUAUAUUUAUAUAUGUAUAUAUAUUGUAUAUAUCGUGAUGUAUAUAUACAAUAUAUAUUUAAUGUAAUAUAUAAAUGAAAUCAUUAAUUUUAUAUUCGACGUGUGCAGCUCGUCACCGUGUCCCUUUUGUACCGUUCGGAAUUUUUGUCGGUAAAAUUGUAGUUCUCGGGGAAGUACUAUGCACGUACUGAAGAGCAUAAUAUACGAAAUGUAUAAACACGAAUGGUAUAAUUUUCUAUAUGUGAUGGUAUGCGUAUAUUGGAAAAUUGUACCAUGUAUAUAUACAGUACGAGAACAUGAAAUGGGAAAAAAGAGAUCCUAAAUAUCGAUAUGAUUGUAUUCCAUAAUGACGUUACUUUAAUCGUAAUUACUUAUUUUUAUAAUUAUGAUUCAAUCCGCGAAGUUUUACUUUUGGUUCACUGAAUAGAUCGAGCAGAGGCAAAGAGCAAAAUGUUGCAUUAUUGAGCGAUCUUUAUCUUAGUAUUUGUUAAUUUCAAUAAAUGUAGGAUUGUGUAAAAUUGUAACGAUAUGUUUGUUAUUCUAUUAAAUCAACUUUCGUUUUUUUCGAAAGAAAAAAA